AUGUACAGAGCUAACCCUAGCAUCCACUCUUCCUUCCAGCCAACGUAUAGCGUAUACGGCCGGAAUAUAGCAGGGAGUAAGGCACAUUCCUCGACGUCGCCGACCGAGAUGGAGACAGCGGCAAGAAGAAAGCGCCCUGCACCUGACGAAGAUUGCUCCAGCACCAGUGCUCACGACGACAGCGACGAUGAACGCGGUUGGGCAGCUGAUGUUGCUCAAUCGGCUCACACUCCUCAAGAGUGUGACAUCGACGGCAGUUUGUGGCAAGCUUCGUCGCAAUCAGCUCGAAAUGAGCAACAGAAAACCGCCGGGGUGGCACACGCCUUCGGAGGUGGUUCUACGACCUUCUCCCCCGCAGAUUUCGGUGCUACAGAAUUUGGCUCGUGGUCGGAAUUUUUCUCGUAUGUGAAUGCCUAUCAGUCGAGGACGUUCCAGUGUCGUGCAUGCAGCGUUUCCGCUUUAGUUCGUAACGGUAAGGUGGAUGAGCCAGCGGAUAAAGUCCCGGAAUCGUUCGAACACUACGCAAGAGGUCUCGAAUGUAUCCAUGCAGGGAAGUACAAGUCGAGGGGGACAGAAAAACGUCUUCGACAGCAAAGUUGCCAGAUAGAGUGUUCGGCUCAGGUCCUUGUGCACAAUCACCCCGUCAGUGAAAGCCUGUUCAAGCACCACCGACGGGCAAGGCUUUCUAUCCCGGAUGAGGUUGUGCACACGGUCUCUAUUUUACAGAAAGCGGGUGCAAAAAGGAAAACCAUUCACCAGUACAUUCUGGAGAACUGCGACCGCUUGCCGAGCAACAGAGAUGUUCAUAAUUUACUCCGGACGCUGAAACCCAAGGAGUUCGCCAACACAACCAGGGUGCAGCGCUUAAAGAAAUGCAUGACGGACUUCAGCGAACAACCACGCAGCAUAGCUAGGAUUUUCACAGAGGUCGUCAACGGCAAGGUAUAUACGUCUAGUUUAUUGCUCUAG